AUGACGUGGACGAUGCGUGUACGCAUGGCCGACGACGCCAAUGCCCCUCCACCCCUGCUUCCCUCGCAUGCCUCUUCAGCUCUUCUCUUCGCUGUCGUCUUCACCGCACCACACUUCCACGUCGUCAGACGGUGCCAAAGAGGAUUACGUUGGAGCCGAAGUGGCCCCCCUCGCUGCCUUGCGUGCCCCGCCUUGUCGUCUGGACAGCAUCGGCGUGCCUGCUUCUGGAUACUCACACGUGCGAGCACACAUAGCGGGUCACGCGCCAAUUUGAGAGCGGCGAUCCUCUUCGUGCUCCUGCUGCAUCUCUCCUUUCAGAUCCACUGCCCACACACCAUCGUGUUGUGCGCCGACGUCAGCGCACCCCCUCUCCAUCUUCCUGCUCCCUCCGCCACAAUGAGCACGACGACAACGACGCAGUACACACGAUCUGCGAUACUAGCGUGGGCGAACGACGUGCUAGAGACGUCGUACACCACUUUUCAGAACAUACCGAGCUAUGAGGUGGGCCUCUUGCUCUACGGCGUCUUCCACGGCUGCCCCUCCAGAGGCGAAGCGACGGCGAACCGCCUCGCCGACCAUGCCGCCGCCGCUGCCGCGGUGACGACGAGCAGUGUUAGUGUGCCGUUGCUUUCCGCGGCGGAGCUACAGAGGCACCACCAGCAGCACCAAGAGACGUGCAUGCGCUACCUUCAACUUCUGCAGUUUCCAUCGACGCCUCCCUCCACGGCACCAGCCAAUGCUGCUGCUGUGUUGUCGGGGACGGCGGAAGCCUCAGCUCCAAGCCCCGGUAGCACAUUCUCUUCAGCUGUGCCGCCUCUCCCCGAUGGACACAGCGGUACCACGUCUGCCGUGGCGCAGCAGCGCAACGCCGAGCACGUUCUCGCGAUGAUCCGUGCGCUCAGCGCCGAGGAGGCGGAGCUGUUGCGCGACGAGAUCAGCGAAACACCAACGAGCGGUGGUGGCAGCACCGCUAAUGUAGUACUGCUGCUGGGGCCGUCGAUGACCCCAGCAGCAUGGCUGAGCGGUGGCGCCUUUGUGGAGGAGCUGAAGCUCUGGCGGUGGGUACGGCUGAUGGCGGUGCGGCACCGCAGCUCGGUCCGCGCCAUUCGAUGCGCCAUCCAUGCCUACCUUCAGCACGAGGUAGGCGUCGCCUCGGUGACGCCAGCGCCCGCGAAGGGUUCACAGACGAGCUCGCCGAGUUGUGCCCAGUCGCGAGGCGCGUCGCCGCCGCCACGCUCACCAGUCGUCAUGAUGGAAAUGAGCGACGUGGCUGAGGUGGAGCCAGGCGACGCGCGCGGCGGUCUUCUCCCCGGCAAGAGCACGCGAGCGUUCGCACAAGAUGAGUCGGGCGACACCGUGUUGCAGGAGAUGAAGCGCAUGCGGCCGGAGAUGCUGCCGUCGACCUCACCGGUGCCUGCCCAUGCAGCGGCAGCGGCAACCACAACAAGGCCGGGGACGUCGAGUGUUACGCCGCUCGUCGGCUCUGUGUCGCCCUUGCACGCGCUUCUAUCUCCCAUCAAGGAAGUAGCAGCAGCAGGCGGGGCACCCACAGCCGACUGCAGUGCGACAAACCUCACCUGGACGACGUCAAGCAGCAGUGUGCACGCCGCCUCUGUGGCAACCAUCACUCCGUACGUUGCACAGGCAACAGAGUUACAGUCGGCGCUUCGCUCUGCCCAGGCAGCACUGCAGAAUGAGCUGGCGCUGCACCGAGCACAGCAGCAGCGCCGCCCUCUCACGCUGCCGACGUCGACGUCGGGAAGUACAUCGGAGCGCUCCUCUGGCGGCGACGUGCCCGAUGGUGCCGGUGCCAUGCACAAGGUGACUCCGCUGCUGGCGCCAGCGACGAAUCCGUGCGAUGCGCUGGAGGCGUCGUGCCGUCAGCGCAUGGUGAACACCGUGUGUGCCAAGACCCCCGUUGACCAAGGCGAUUCAUCGCUGCUGUCGCCUGUCCCCGAUACGCUCACGUGCGAUGUGUGUCCGUCCAUCAUGGCGCACGCGAUCCAGUGCAGUCUCGCUGCCAUUGACCACUUGGAAGACGUCCGCGCUCGUGCGAUCGCGGCGUGCCUCGAAAGAGAUGCCGUGGCGUUGCUCGCCGCGCUGCAGAACAUUGUGUGA